UUUCCCGACAGCUUCCGCAGAAAUUGGCAAGCCAUGGCUGUAGCUGAUUGAAUUCAUCUCUCCCCUGAACUGUCUCGCGCAGAAAGCCCACGUGCCUGUACAUGAUUAUAUGGUUGCGGCAUCACCUCUCAUGCGAAGGAGUUGCAGGCAAGCGUAUCUUAUGAUUAGGUCAGUAUCAUCCUCAGACACGCGGAGUGAGCCUUAUCAGCAGGGGGUGACUGGCAGAUUAAAGGACAACGUAGCGCCACAUCGGCAAGAGUGUGAUUGACUUGAACAAUCGCAAUCUCAGCUGAGAAACAAUUUUAGUUGCACUGACGAGAAGUCAAGGUCUUAACACUUUUUUUUGUAUUCUAGGCCUGAGAUCAUUGCCUGGCCAAGCCAAUUGCAAUGGCUAUGGCGAAAGCCCUAAUUCCCUGCACUGCUGAUUCUCUUUCUUCUUCCAGUUCAGCUCCUCGGUUGGCAAUCUGCUCUUCAAGUGCUCGUCUGCCUCCUUCGUCGCUCCUCGGCUGCGCUAUUCCACACGCCAAUGGUGGAAAUGGGAAUCAGAAAUGCACGCGGAGGCGGCUCCAUCUAAUUCAAGCAUCAAGUAAGUCACCAGUGGAAAUCGUGCAAAGGAGGCUGAUAAAUUUUCUGGCCUUAGCUGGCGCAUCAUUUUCGUUUUUGCCGAUGGACCUUUUGGCUGGUACGGGGAUCCCAGGUGUUAUUGGAUCAACUCAAGUGUCACAAUCCAGAGAUUCAGGCACUCAGGCAUCUGCUGCUUUAGCUGCAUCAACAACGCACGAAGAGAAUAUCCUGCAAUUUGUCAAGAACGACAAUCGCCGCAUGCUUCAUGUAGUGUAUCGUGUUGGUGAUAUUGACAAAACUAUCAAGUUUUAUACAGAGUGUUUGGGGAUGAAGGUUCUGAGGAGAAGGGACAUUCCUGAAGAUAAGUACACAAACGCGUUUUUGGGUUAUGGUCCUGAAGAGACCAACUUCGCGGUGGAAUUGACAUAUAAUUACGGAGUGGACAAGUACGAUAUUGGCACAGGAUUUGGGCACUUCGGAAUUGCCGUUGAUGAUGUUCAGAAGGUCUGUGACUUGGUUAAGGCAAAGGGUGGAAAAGUCACAAGAGAACCUGGACCUGUAAAAGGUGGCAAUUCAAUCAUUGCAUUUGUUGAGGACAGUGAUGGUUAUUCAUUUGAACUUAUCCAAAGAACCGCAAAAAUCGAGCCAUUUUGCCAGGUCAUGCUUCGUGUUGGUGACCUAGACCGUGCAGUUCAGUUCUAUAAGAAGGCCUUUGGAAUGAAAGAAUUGAGCAGAAGGGAUAAUCCCGAACAGAUGUACACACUUGCAAAGCUGGGCUAUGGUGAUGAUGAGAUGAAAACAACUGUCUUGGAGUUGACAUAUAACUACGGCAUAACAGAAUACACCAAGGGUGAUGGUUAUGGUCAGAUUGCUAUAGGUACAAACGAUGUGUAUAAGACUGCAGAGGCUGUGAAGCUCUUCGGAGGGGAAAUAGUUCGUGAGCCUGGUCCUCUUCCCGGCCUCAACACCAAAAUUACAGCUAUCCUAGAUCCUGACGGCUGGAAAAGUGUUUUUGUCGACAAUGCGGACUUUGCGAAGGAGCUGGAGUGAAUGAUGUGAAACUUCGAGAGAUUGUAGUUUCUACUUUGUUUCAACUUUAUCUUCUUCAAACGAAACAGGCACUGAACUGACCUGUUUCGCCCUAAAUCACAUUUAGGGAAUGAUAGUUUUAGCGGCUUUAUAAGUUUUUUGUGGUGACAUUCAUUAUAGCAUUAUUGGUGAGUGGUAUGCAGACAGUGGCGCAUAUAUCUACAAUGCUUUGUAUCCUCAAGUCUUGCUUCUGAGCCUAUAUUUGCACGCAUUAUCUUCUACUUAAUAUGUCAAGAACAAGUGUGCGUGCAAUGAAAUUUCCUAAGAAUUUACUUUCAUUA